CCAUUUGAUCACGCAACGUGACAACAUCCACGCGAGAGCCCCCGACAAGUGUGCGGAUCCGUGCGGAUAUACGACGUUAGGAUGGCGCAAUUUGUUCUAAAAGUAGAAAAUUCGUCGCAUAUCAUAGGUGCGCGUGGAUCCCAAGACUUACGGUCUCCGUCCACGAUUAUGGCUCCUGUAUUAGCUUAAUUCCAGCUUCUUUCCAGCGUCAUUCUUGGAACAUUCCGGUCUUAAUGUAUGUAUCUGCUUAAAAUUCUGGAUAAAAGGAAACGUUCAGGACAUUUAUAUCUUACAAAAAUUGUUUCCUUUUUGCAGAUAAAGACAGCUCAUUCCACAUUUAUUCAGUUAUGAGGUACAAUCGUAAUUUCCUUUUUAACUCCAUGCACAAAGACUGGUAUAUCUGCGAAUCCGAGCGAAGGAAAUUACAUGCAACUGAGUUAGCUCUCGACUUUUACAACGGCGAACCAGAUGUUCUUGAUCGAUGUACAUUUUUGGCACAUCCCAUCCCGCAAAACGACAAUAAGCUAAAGAACUGUAAAAACGUCCUUGGACCAGUCCAGCAUCCGGAAAUCAAUGGACAACCUCUACCCCACCCCCCUCAUUUGGUCUCCAAAACACCGCCGCCGCCCCCUGCCCUGCCUUCGUGCAUACCAGUGUGCCCAGCGACAGGUCCUGCUCCCCCAACUCCUGCUGGGGCAUCAGUUGUCUCGGAGACGCCCACGGUCUCAAGUAUACGUAAGUUUAGGUUUUUCUCAGUUUACCAACUCUACUCUUCUCUCAAACACGAGGGAUAUCUUGUCACUGGAUCUGGCUUUAAACUCAAACUCAUCAUUGAACGGCCCGAGCUGCAUAGUCAUGUGAUAUUCUACGCCUUGGAUCCAAAUGAGAAAGGGAAAAUCCUUCUGAAUGGAGUGGAACGUAUUUCAGAGCCUGCCAUCUCUGGCUGCCCUGAGUUUGUGGAUGUGGUAGUGACAUCAGAAAAAGGUCGACCUGCCACGAACACUUCGACAGUUACCGGUCAUCACCCACCAGCCUCAUCACCACCUGCCGCUCCACUGCCGCCUCCCAAACCACCUUUUCCUCUCCCUUCAUAUCCUCCCCCACCAUCAGCACCCUCCGCUCCUCCUCCUUCUCCUCCUUCUCCAACUUCCCCUCCCCCUUCUCAUUCUCCUCCUUCCCUUCCCAGUCCUCCACCACCUCAUUCCCCUCCUCCUCCACUUCCUCCCUCUCCACCUCCACCUCCUGCACCUCCUUUGGCCCCUCCAGCCUCACCUCCAGUUAUACCUCCUCCCGCCUCAUCGCCACCAGUGGCAUAUCCUGCUCCACCACCUCAGGCCCCGCCUGCAAUGCCACCAUCAAAUCCACCUCCUCCAUCGCCUGGUCUAGCUCCUUAUCCUUCUCCCUCCGUUCCCGGAACACCUUCCUCGCAAGAUGAUAAUACAACAGUUCAUUAUCAUUAUCACUAUCAUCGCCCAAAGCCACCCGCUCCCGCUGUCCAUGUUUGCCCAAGCCGCUGCACCGAGUCCGAAGUGUGUCUGCCUUCAUGUCCGUCACGGUGUUGCAAACGAGGCUUGGACGAAUACUAUGACGAUGGUGAUGAGUGGUGGGCGCAAUAAAAGAAGACAACUCCUUCAUUUUUGUACUGUCCAACGAAAUUGUAAGAUGCUAAACAAAGAAAUGCUCCAAUGCCAAAGAGUAUGCAGAAAUGCUCUACACAAAAAAGGAAAAACAAACUGAUUAAGCUGUGCCGUUCACGGAUGCACCAACGUUACAAACAAGGAGCAAUAAUGUGUUUUCAGCAGCUAAUAAAAAAAAAGAACGAUUGUCAUUUUACAUCAACGUUUAACGAGUAUCUGUGCAAUGUAUCUAUGCAGUGGUAGAACAGAUGGAGGUGGAAUAGGAUGGAUAGACAGAAAAUAUUUUUGUGGCGAAGGCACUACAAAUAAAGAGACCGAAGGAAUUGAGUUGAUCUAGUAUAUUACACUAGACGAGACUAAGCUUAACGUAAUUAAACUAGUUUAGAAUAGUCUAUACGAGAGUAAGGCACAUUAGACUAGGCUAGACUAGACUGCAUUAAAAUAAACUAGCUUAGAUUAGACUAGACCAAACAAGAAUGGAAUGGAACUAAAAACAAGCACCAGAAAGGUCGGUUUGAUGAAAUUAUUAUCAAUGGCUCCUUCUUUAAGUUAUGGGGAUGGGUGAUAUCCAGAUCGAUAUAGGCUGAAUAGAUAUGGAUUAACUAUACCUGAAACUCAAACAGUUCCCUUCAAUAUGUACAAACCAUUUGGUAAUCUUUGUUUUUAAUUAAAACAGUUUUGUGUAAUAAACUACAUGGCAAAAAAUAGUUUUUAAAACUAUUCAGUGGAAGAUUUUACAACUACCUUAAAAUUAUGAAUCAAGUUCAAGGGCAGUGGUGAGUAUUUAGGCGAAUAAGUGCAGUGCGUCAGAAACGCUUUAUUUUCAUAUCAUUUAAUUUACUUGUUUUUUCUAUUCAUUAUCCAUUCAUUUGUCCCUUGUCCUCAGUGGCAUCUUAGAUACACUGUACUUAGACAUUCAUCAGUUAAAGCAUAACGGAUUUUCACGUUACAAAUGAUGUCGGGUAGCUGACUAGAUAGAUAUUGUUGAAGAAUAAACUAGAAUAACGUAACCACAACAUAAAUAAAACUCAAGCAUGCAUGUUACGAGAAAAAUACCUCUGACUCGACUAGACCUAUGCGGCAAUAAAACCGCACCCUGUGAUCAAUAGUCGCGACCGGCACAUAUAAAAACGAAAGAAAACAUUACAAAAGCCCGACGAGAAACCCCUCCCUAAAACGCCUCAGAAAAAAAACAAAAACGCCAACCUUAAGUGUGCUAAAAACACACUUAGUAUCUAGACUCAUGAGAAGACGAAAAAACUUGAGACGGUGCAUUUAAUAACGGCCAUCGAUAAAACCAGGAACAUGGAACAUCCCGGAACAUUCCGGAACAUCCCGGAAUAUCGAAUAAUUAUAAU